GCUCUCCUCCCCUUUAAGGCGCGGCCGCGGCGGGACUCCGAAGGCCCCUUUAAGGCGCGGCCCUCGUCCGCCGGCAGAAAAGAGGCUUAAAGGAGACGCGUGGCGCGAUGGCGGCGGCCCCACGCGCGUGCCGGCGGGGCGGGCGGCCGCUCCCGGAGCUGCUGCUGCUGCUGCUGCUGGCGCUGCCGCCCCCGGGGGGCCCGCCGGGCGCCGCCGCCUACUUCCCGGAGGAGCGCUGGAGCCCCGAGUCGCCGCUGCAGGCGCCGCGCGUGCUCAUCGCGCUGCUGGCGCGCAACGCGGCCCACGCGCUGCCGGCCACGCUGGGCGCGCUGGAGCGGCUGCGCCACCCGCGCGAGCGCACGGCGCUGUGGGUGGCCACAGACCACAACGCAGACAACACGACGGCAGUGCUGCGGGAAUGGCUGGUGGCCGUGAAGAACUUGUACCACUCGGUGGAGUGGCGGCCGGCGGAGGAGCCCCGGUCCUACCAAGACGAGGAGGGCCCCAAGCACUGGUCCGACGCCCGCUACGAGCACGUCAUGAAGCUGCGCCAGGCGGCCCUGAAGUCCGCCCGGGACAUGUGGGCCGACUACAUCUUGUUUGUGGACGCAGACAACCUGAUCCUGAACCCCGACACGCUGACGCUGCUCAUGGCCGAGAACAAGACGGUGGUGGCGCCCAUGCUGGACUCCCGGGCCGCGUACUCCAACUUCUGGUGCGGGAUGACCUCGCAGGGCUACUACAAGCGCACCCCCGCCUACAUCCCCAUCCGGAAGCGGGACCGCCGGGGCUGCUUCGCGGUGCCCAUGGUGCACUCCACCUUCCUGAUCGACCUGCGGAAGGCGGCGUCCAGGAGCCUGGCCUUCUACCCGCCGCACAGCGACUACACCUGGUCCUUCGAUGACAUCAUCGUGUUCGCUUUCUCCUGCAAGCAGGCAGAGGUCCAGAUGUACGUGUGCAACAAGGAGAUGUACGGCUUCCUGCCGGUGCCUCUGCGCUCGCACAGCACCCUCCAGGACGAGGCCGAGAGCUUCCUGCACGUGCAGCUGGAGGUGAUGGUGAAGCACCCCCCAGCAGAGCCCUCCAGGUUCGUCUCGGUGCCGGCCAAGACGCCUGACAAGAUGGGCUUUGACGAGGUCUUCAUGAUCAACCUGAAGCGGCGGCAGGACCGGCGGGAGCGCAUGCUCUGGGCACUGAGGGCGCAGGAGAUCACGUUCCGGCUGGUGGAGGCUGUGGACGGCAAAGCCAUGAACACCAGCCAGGUGGAGGCCCUGGGCAUCCAGAUGCUGCCCGGCUACCAGGACCCCUACCACGGGCGGCCCCUCACCAAGGGAGAGCUGGGCUGCUUCCUCAGCCACUACAACAUCUGGAAGGAGGUCGUGGACAAGGGACUGAAGAAAUCGCUGGUCUUCGAGGAUGACCUGCGCUUCGAGAUCUUCUUCAAGAGGCGCCUGAUGAACCUCAUGCGGGACGUGGAGAGGGAGGAUCUGGACUGGGACCUCAUCUACGUGGGCCGGAAGCGGAUGCAGGUGGAGCACCCCGAGAAGGCCGUGCCCCGCGUGAGGAACCUGGUGGAGGCCGACUACUCCUAUUGGACGCUGGCCUACGUCAUCUCCCUGCAAGGCGCCCGCAAGCUGCUGGCCGCCCAGCCCCUCUCCAAGAUGCUGCCCGUGGAUGAGUUCCUGCCCGUCAUGUUCGACAAGCACCCAGUGUCCAAGUACAAGGCCCACUUCUCCCCCCGCAACCUGCGGGCCUUCUCCGUGGAGCCCCUGCUGGUGUUCCCCACGCACUACACGGGGGACGACGGCUACGUGAGCGACACGGAGACCUCGGUGGUGUGGGACGACGAGCGCGUGAAGACGGACUGGGACCGCGCCAAGUCCCAGAAGAUGCGGGAGCAGCAGGCGCUGAGCCGCGAGGCCAAGAACUCGGACGUGCUGCAGUCCCCGCUGGACAGCGCCGCCCGCGACGAGCUCUGAGGGCGGCGGAGCAGCCUCCCGUGCUCGCCGAGGGUGGGGCGGCGCGGCCCCGGCAGGCGGAGGGCUCUGCGUGCGGGGCUGCGGCCGGCAGGCUCCUGCUCAGCAGUCGUGUACUCACAGGCAGCAUUAAUGGAGUGCCUGCUGUAUGCCAGGCGCGGUGUUUUGCACGGGGAGGUCGGGUGGGAACAAGCCAUCCUUCAUCGCCGCGUGCCUGGCGUUUUGUAAGCGUCGGCUGUGCGCCAGGCUCGUGGGUGAUGGCGGGGAAUGAGGCGUAACCAUCUCCUUGGUGACGAUUCAGCCAUCACGCAUGUAUUGACACACACGCACCUCUCCCCAAGAAUCAGGCACUAACGAUCCACAUUCAUCGUUUAAAAACUAACUUAAGUAUUUAUUGAGUUGCCUGCUGAACAGUGGGCACCAUUUCAGGAUCUGGGAAUAUUGAGGUAAAGGAGACGCUUUCAUUUAUUCAAACACACAUCAGGCACCUACUCUGUGUGUGCCUGGGACUUGAGAAACAGAAAUUCUUAUAAAUUCCGUGCUUUUAUUGAAUGCCUGCUGGGUGCCAGAAGCCGAGCUGGGUGCUAAGCAUGGAGGUAAACAAGGUGCUUUUUACUCUUCAAUUGGCUUCUUCCCCCCUCCCCUGAAGAGCGCCUACUGUGUGCGCUAGACGUGAGUGAUAGGAAACAACAGAACAGUUGUUCAGUCCCUACAUUUGAUUUCCCACAUGCGUGCUGGGCCACAGGAACAAGAAGAAUCCUUUUGUUUCGUGCAUUAGGCAUUUAUUGAGUGCCUGCUGUGUACGGACCUUGGGGACUCCCAGUGGGAUCAGCGAAUGGUUGAGGUUGUCCUUAUUCGCCUCCCAGUCACCUGAGCUCUGCAGACCGCCACCCCGGAAGGAGAGUGACUCUUCUCUCGCCGGGGGCCUCUGCUGGCCCCACUGACUACGUGGCUGCUCGCAGGCUCCUGUGCCCAGCCCCCCUGGAGGGGGAGGGGUGAGGUAGGGCUGGGUCCCCCCUGCCUGCGCCCCGUCCUGCGUGCUCCGCCUCCCUGGCCUGCGUCUCAGGUGUGGUGUCCGCCUGCUCAGUGGGGUUUCUCUGCCUAAGCCUUCGGGGGCUCCGCUGCCCUGGGGUGCUGUCUGCAGUGGGGGCAGGGCAUCCCCCUGCCCGGGCUGGAGGACAGAAGUGAAUGUCGGAGCCGGCCCGCCGUGCCUUCCCUCUUCGGAUGGACACUGCCCGUUGGGCCCGGAUCCUGGAAAACUUGCUUAUUUUUUUAUUAAAUGGCCCUGGAUGGUUUUCACG